AUGUCGGAGAGCCAGUCUGAAGCGGAUAAGAUCCGCAACAAGCGCUUGGCGAAACUGGGAAAUCCAACACCGCCUGCGCAGAACGAAGGCGCCGCAGAAUCAGCAUCGAGUCGGCCCGCAUCGCCAGCGCCGUCCACUCCUUCAUCUCGCAUCCCAGAGAAACUCCAGACACAAUUCCCGUCGAACCCCAACAGCGCGCCAGGCUCGUCGGCCCCUUCACCACAACAACCCUCGCAACAGUCCGAAUGGAAGCGAAUCAAGAUCACCCCGGCAGCCUCUGCCGUCUCGGGCCCCGACCGCUCACAGACCGUGACGCCAGUGUCCGGCACACCACCACCCUCGCGAGCGGAGGAGACCAUCGAGGCCUUCCAGGAUCGUACAUUGAGCGCCGUGUUCAAGCUGACCUUGAACGAGGCCCGACAGAAGGAUAUCCACGGACAGCGGUUGACAUAUUUGCCCGGUGUGCGGAGUGAGCUGGAGGAACAAGGUCGCGAGAUUCGCGUGGACGUCUCUCUUUUGGAUCAAGCCCUUCUGGAAGCGGCCUCCAAUGCCCCGCAGCAGAAGCCCCUGGACUAUCUGCUCCCGUGCUGGCGGAGGAUAUCCAGGCUGCACAAGGGGUUUCGCCGCAAUCGCGAGGAUGAUCCCAAAUUCAACAUCAUAUGCGAGUCGCGCCGCCUGUGCUUGAGCUACUGCAUAUUCGCCAUUACGAUGCCGGAGAUGUUCGGACUCGAGCCCUCGGACAAAUCCGCCCUCAAGCCGUAUCUCCUCUUGGAUCCCGAGGAUGACAAGGGCGUGGACUUCGAGUUCAUUGGCGAGGCCGUGAAGCGAUUCGACGAGGACGAGAGCAUCAAGCCCGCCUUCAUCGCGGCCGUGGAGGAGAUGAGCCAGGAGCUUGCGGCUAUGACCAUCAAUGAUGACUACAAGCCAUACAUGACAGUACGUUCAGGCCCUGCCCUACGGAACAUCGUCCGCCAUGCGGUCAUCGCGGCUGCCAUUACGGAGUCGUCCAUCUUCAACGAAUCGCGGGAUCCUGCAGCAUUCGAGAAGAGCACCCUCCUUGGGCCUUGGUUCCGCCUGUCGCCGCUGCAGAGCAGUGUGACCAUGACGUACUUCUCCAGCCCCAAGACGAGGGAUCAGUCCUACAUCCUUAAUGCACAGCGGUCGAUCCGCAUGAUGCAGCACAUGAUCAGCUCCGAUCUCCUUGAUGUCAUCAACCACAUGAUUCGAGCAUCCAAAGAUGCCAGGGACAGGGUCCUGGACUGGUUCGCAGCCUCCCUGAACAUCAACCACAAGCGACGAGCAAUGCAGGUGGACCCGAAUACUGUGUCAUCGGACGGUUUCAUGUUCAAUCUCACCACUUGCCUGGACCAGCUCUGUGAGCCAUUCAUGGAUGCAAGCUUUACCAAGAUUGACAGAAUCGAUGCGAACUACCUGCAUCGCAACCCUCGGGUGGACAUGAAGGAUGAAACCAAGAUCAACGCCGAUCAACAUGCUUCGGAUGAUUUUUACAAGAAGACGGACGAGGGAACGUCGAACUUUAUCACGGAGAUAUUCUUCCUAACUGUAGCUGCGCACCACUACGGCAGUGAAUCCUUGACCUCCAAGCUGGAGCAGCUCGAGAAGGACCUCCGGCACAUGGAGUCGACUAUCAACAAGUUCGAGCUGGAGCGUCAUCGGUGGGUGAACAACCCGGCGCAGCUCCGAGUCUUUGAGGAUGCUUUGAAGAAGUACAAGGAUAAGCUUGACCUGGGUAUUGCUCUGAAGUACAGUCUUCAGGGCGUCCUGUUCGAUGACCAGUGGCAGGCCCGGUCCAUGUUGUUCAUGCGGUAUGUGAUCGUCUGGCUUCUGAGGGUCGUCUCGGGCACGAACUUCCCCAGAGCCGAAAUCCAGCUUCCGCUCCCGGAGCAGCAGCCCGAGGUUUUCAAAUGUCUGCCCGAGUAUUUCUUGGACGACAUUGUGAGCAACUUCAAGUUCAUCAUGUGGUGCAUGCCGCAGAUCAUCACAGCGACGCAAGGCGACGAGCUCGUCAUGCUCUGCAUCGUCUUCCUGGAGAGCACGAACUACAUCAAGAACCCGUAUCUCAAAGCAGGCCUCGUCUCGAUCUUGUUCCGGGGAACCUGGCCACGCCCUGGUGGCGCUCGCGGUGUCCUGGUGGAUCUCCUCAACUCGAUGCCGUUCGCGAACGAGUACCUGCUGCAUGCGAUGAUGAAGUUCUACAUCGAAGCCGAACACACGGGCACCCACACCCAGUUCUUUGACAAGUUCAACAUCCGGUUUGAAAUCUUCCAGAUCAUCAAGUGCAUCUGGCCGAAUACGCUGUACCGCAACAAGCUGUACAACCAGUCCAAGCAGAACCUGGACUUCUUCGUGCGCUUCGUCAACAUGCUUCUCAACGAUGUGACGUUCGUGCUUGACGAGUCUUUUGGUGCCUUUAUCACUAUCCACAAGACGCAGACGGAACUGCGCAACGCGGCCGGGAUGGACCCCACCGUGCGCCAGCAGAAGGAGGAGCAUCUUGCGUCGGCGCAGCGCAACGCCAAGUCAUACAUGCAGCUGACGAAUGAGACCGUGGCCAUGCUCAAGCUCUUCACCGAUGCCCUGGCGGACUCGUUCACCAUGCCUGAAAUCGUGCAGCGACUGGCGGACAUGCUGGAUUACAACCUGGACGCCAUGGUCGGCCCCAAGAGUGCCAGUCUGCGCGUCGACAACCUGCAGGAGUACGGCUUCAACCCGCGGGCACUGUUGAGCGAGAUCGUCGACGUGUACUUGAACUUGAUGGGCAAGGAGAACUUCAUUGUCGCCGUGGCUCGGGAUGGGCGGUCCUACAAGCCGGCGAACUUCGAGAAGGCGGCCGAGAUCCUGCGGAAAUGGUCGCUCAAGUCGCCCGAGGAGUUUAGGCGUUGGGAGCAGCUGCAGCAUAAGGUGAAGGAGGCCAAGGAGGCCGAUGAACAAGCCGAGGAGGAUCUUGGAGAAGUCCCCGACGAUUUCUUAGAUCCUCUGAUGUACACGCUGAUGGAAGACCCGGUCAUCCUGCCUGGCUCGAGGGUAUCCAUCGACCGUGCCACGAUCCGGUCUCACCUGUUGAGUGAUCCGCACGACCCGUUCAACCGAGUUCCGCUGAAAAUGGAGGAUGUCAUACCCGACACGGAUCUCAAGGCGAAGAUCGAGGCGUUCAAAUCGGAGAGACUUGCCGAGCGGAGACAAGCGCGGGCUUCGGCCUCGGAUAGAAUGGACACAGCCAGUCCCUGA